UUUUGCUCUUCAUAACCACUAACACAAAAUCCAUACCUUUUAUAACCUUUCCCUUAUCAUUUCCUCAUCAUUAUUCCACAGAAUACAAUCCCAUUUUUAUUCUCUCUCUUUUUUCUGUUUCCAAAUCACAAACAAAAUUGAAACUAUGGUGGCUUUGGUCUCCCAAGAAAAUGUUGUUGCUCUGGUUUCUCGCACGGGCAGACAUUUGCAGCGCUACACUAAAGCUGGUCUUCGUCAAGUUGUUGGCUGUAUACCUUACAAAUACAAAAUUGGGUAUCCAGAUUUCUUGGACAUUGAAGAUGCGUUAGAAGUUCUUGUUAUCAGUUCCCAGAAAGGAAAAGGAAUGUUGUUUCCCAAGGGAGGUUGGGAAUUAGAUGAAACAAUAAAAGAGGCAGCUUCAAGGGAGACAUUAGAGGAAGCUGGAGUGCGAGGCAUUGUUGAGCUUGAAUUAGGAAAAUGGAGUUUCAAGAGCAAAACACAUGACACCUAUUAUGAAGGUUACAUGUUCCCUCUACUUGUUCAGGAGGAAUUGGAUUUCUGGCCUGAGAAAAACGUUCGUCAAAGAAAAUGGAUGAGUGUGGCAGAUGCAAAGGAAUGCUGUCAACAUUGGUGGAUGAAGGAAGCCUUAGAUAGCUUAGUUAAUCGACUGAGGUCUCAGCAGCAACUUGAACAGGAAAAAGUUGUUUCUUGUACUUUAAGCUACCAGAACAAACUCAAUUUGUAAAUGAGCAAAAUUGUUGAAAAACACAGACAUAAAAAGGCCUGGAGAAGUGGGAAUUGAAAUGAACAAGAAAGGGAAUCUUGGUUUUUCUUCCUAUCCCUUUCUUAGAAUUUCAAUUCUGAAUUCUUGUUAGGUUUAUUUUAGUGGGAACACAAGAAAAGAGUGGGAUCAAGAUGAUAUUUUGUAAGACUUGGUUUCUAUAUGCAAAGAAUUUUAGAAAGAAAAUUUCAAUUUUGUCUGAUAGUUUUGUAAGUCGGUUAACUGUCUCGGACUUCAACCUUCAUGUCUUCCAAGAUGGACAUGAUUUUCCUUUAAUUUGAGGCUAAGGUUGAAAAUUUGCAGCAACUAUUAAGGCGUUGACAUGAAAACUUCAACAUGGAAGCUUCUUAGGCCUGACUAAAGUUUCAGUUUUAGGAUUUAUAAUUAAAGGCUUGGUAAGCUUCUUAUGUCUGAGUAAAAAAUUGAAGAGGCAUGAUGCUCUUUCUGAAAGCUUGAGAGAGCAUAUUGAGAAGAAAACUAGAUUCCAAAUCUCAGGUUCUGUAAACAAAGGGUUUCUAUUCAACCUUUGAUAGUAAUAUCAGAUUUCAUAUCCACUGAUUUUAUAUGGGAUUCGAAUGAGAGAACUGAAGAAUUUAACUAUAUCUGGGCAUUAUUUGUUCAGAUGAAUGUGUUUGUCUACUAUUUUUUCCAAAAAUUAUGAUGAAGUGGGUUCAAUUAGAACAAAAUUAGUAAAACUUUAGUUAAUUGGGCUACCUGCAAUAUGGGCUUCUUCUGACACACCCAUCAAUAUUGCUUUCAUCAUAGUGCAAAACUCUAGAAUAAAAAAUAUUAUCGUCCUAUUUAAUUAGAGGGCUAAUGAAUUUUU